AUUGCCGACUCCUGUGAGCUUAUAUUUUCAUCAAUGAAGACAGCUUGAAAUUUCCGGUUUGAUAUAAAUAGCUCAAUAACAUGACUCGAGCAAGUACUUAGAUAACAAACUGCAUUGGUUAAAAGUUGUGCGAAAUGUAGGUACUAUCAUCUGUUAUGAUGUCAGAAAGUUAAAGGAAUGAUUAUGUAGGUAGCAUACAGUUCUCCGUGAGAUUCCAAAAUGGAUGGGAUUCUUGAUUUCAAUCAAUAAUGAGUACCAGGACUUUUACUAAAAUGGCGUCUGAAACAGGAUUCGAUGAUCACACGAGAUUCUCCCUCCUCGGAAUAACUACUUUAGAUCACCUGUCUGAGAUUCUUCGUUUAAUCCUUUCUGCAAACGUCCUUCCAGCAGAUCUGGUAAAUGAAAUCAAAAAAUGUGGACAUUCCUUCAGAUUCAAUGCGGAACAAUGGAGACUGAUCCAAAAUGCUGUAAAUGCAAAAUAUUCAGAUUUUGAUAUCACUUUAUGUUACACAUUGAUACGGAAUAUGUGUACAAAAGUAUGUAAGCCUACAAACGGUUGGGGGAUACACAGUAUUCCUAACGACCAGGAAACAACUCUUGGUGAUGACAUUGAAAGGAUACGAAUAAUCCGAAAUGAAAUUUUUGGCCACACCAAUUCUGCCUCAAUAUCUGAGACUGAGUUCAGAAAAUAUUGGUCCAUCAUUUUUGAUGUAUGUAAAAGGAUGGAAGCCGUUACCGGUAUAGAUUUUCCCCAAAGGUUACAAUCUCUGCAAAAUUGUAUUAUGGACAAGCGAUUGUGCGAAAAAUACCAGAGAGCGUUACAGGAGGCCCGGUUUGUAUCACGUGAAAUAGCCGAAAUUAAAGAAAUCUUAACCGAUCGUCAGGAAAAUGCAAAAGAGACAUCAGGAGCGUCCAUUGAAAUACCCGGCAAUCCAAGGAAAAGUUCUGGAAUAGAAGUUCGAACUUUAUCAUCCGGGUUUCUGGAGAGUUCGAUUGAUUUGUCUGUGCACGGGGACACGCUUGAUCACCUCCCGGACACGCCUCUACAUUUGAGGCAGUUACUAGACAAUGAUAACACUUUCCACGAAACAGAACAAUACCGAACAUCAUACGAGUACCUGCUGAAAUUUAGUUCGGUCGCCAUUGUUGGUCCAAAAGGAAGUGGAAAAUCUGCCAUCGCUUUAGCGAUUCUGAAGAAGUUGGAUAAAACUGUAGUGAACGGCAAAAUAUGCAAAUGUAGAUUUAAUUUUACCAUCAAUGAUAUUCAGGAUGACUUGCAAGACUCCUACAUCACCAUAUUAUAUCUCUCGGAUGUUCUAGAAGAACUUAAUUUUCAGGUUAAUCACUGUCAAAAAGCAGUUGCGGUGUUCAAUAGACUUUACGAAAACUGCGUUUCAAAAAAGACUAUGUUUGUUCUACUUACUGUAAAUGAUGGGACGUGGGAGAAAUAUUUAGAACAUCUCAGAACUUCCCCUGUCAAAUGCUCACUCUUUCCCGCCAGUACGAGUGUUCGAAUGGGAAUAUCCGAAAAUCAAUCCGUCGCGUUAUUACGCAAUCACUUACUCAAUCAUGGUUUCAACAUAACCAGAAGUGAAAAAUGUUCUACCUCAGUGCCUCAGACAUCAAAUACGCAUUGCGAUUGGACAGUGAGUGACGAAUACAUGAAUCUUUUAGCUGCAGAGUUGGUCCGUGUUGCUAAAAAGGAGGGAAUAGGUUUCCAUACAAUAUGUCACAUGAUUGCUCUCGAUAAGAAAUUAUUCGAAAGAAGAAGCAGCAUAUUAAAUGAUGGUUUCAUUAACACAUAUCAAAAGUUGCUUCAAGAUAUGCGAUAUUCUGCUGAUUCCAGAUAUAAAGAUAUUUUUUGCAUUUUAGUGUUCAUUGUAUUAAAUGGAGGAAUUGUCUUUCUGAAUUAUUUUGUGGAGAAAGUUACUGUUUAUGAGAACAUUUGUAGAUUCUUUAACGCCACACCACGCUCAGUUAAAGAAAUUGAAACUCGAUUAGAAUGCGAUAUGAAAAACUAUGUGUAUAGUCUACGUGGAGACUGUUUUGCACUUCAAAACAAUAUAAUAAUGGACACCAUGCUCUCUGUUUGCGCAAACGAUGAAUAUUUCCAAGAAUUUUUUGUGGUCAAUUCUUGCUUGAGUCUUCUUCUCUCUCGCAUAAGACGUAAUACAGAUAGCGAACCUUCCCCAUUUCUUGUCAAAGUACAUCCAUGGGUUUAUCCUAGACUCGUGAAUAGACUUGUCUCUGAAGUAAAAAACGAGAAAUGCUUGCUGACCACGAUCACAGAUCACGUUAUCAUGAAGUCGAAAGAUUUCAAAUCCCUAUGGAAGGAGGAGUUUGAAUGGAGUCAAUUUGUAACGAAACGAAAAGACGAAAACCACGAGGACUACUUUACAAGUGGUGAAUUUGACAAUGAAGGUUUGUCCUUCAAGAUUGGAUGGUAUCUUUAGAUGUAAACACAACCGCCUUUAUCUGAUGGAAAUGACUACUGUUUAUCAUUCCAAUACGUUAAUGUUUUGAUAUCAAUGUAAUGUGAUCGAAUGUACUAUAAAGUUUAUAUGAAUAAAGCUCAGUGUGAACAACUGGAAA